UUUCUGUGACUCAAAAGCGAACAGAUACUGAAUUCGUGCUUAAAUUCAUAUACGUACAUAAGUAACUGUGUUUAUUGGCGUUGCAACGCGCGUUGAAGUGAAAGUGACGGUUGUGGACUUGUUGUUUUUGUUGUUUUUUGCGUUUUGUUCUUGGGGUUUUCGCAAUCUAAGCUAGAUUUUGAUUAUCGCUUUGACCCAACACACAAAGACUACCUCCAAGCGCAGAUAAUCAACAGUUUUUCCGGUCUACUGGCUUCAUUGUUCAAUAUCUCAGUAUCUUGACGAAACUGUUAUUCUUAAGUCGAAGAGUGUUUAAUAGAAUCUAAAUCGAUCUACGAAGAGAAGGAUUGAAAACAGGUCCUCAACAGCGACAAUAUGAGUGCGGUCGAUGCGGUCUUGAGCUUUAAACGAAGCCCCGACGAGGACUUCUACGGAAUGCUCAACUGUGAUGAGAACUCGUCGGUUGAACAAAUCCAGGCUGAGUACAAAGUUUUGGCUCUUCAGUACCAUCCGGAUAAGAACGACGGCGACAAGGAUGCUGAAGCCAAGUUCCAACGGCUAAAGGAGGCAAAGGAGACGCUCUGCGACCCGGAGAAGCGCGCCAACUACGACAAAUGGCGCAACAGUGGCAUCGCAAUGAGCUACAAGAACUGGCUGGGUAUGAAGGAGCACGUCGGACAGGUGAGAAGAUACACAAUCGCCGAGAAAGUGGAUAAGGAGUCCAUGCACUGGGCCACACCAAAGACCAAGGACCGCAUGCUGCCAGAGGCGGGCGCCGCCACUGGCGCUGGCGGUAGCGGCAGCGGCGGCCUCUCGGCGGCCUCACCCAACCCGGCCCAUCGCCGUGCCUCCGAGGGUGGCGCUGCGCUCUACUACGGCAACCGGAAAACCGAAUGGGGCACCGAGAACUCCGAUGUGGCCAACAAGUUUCGCAACUACGAAAUUUAAACAACAACAGCAGCAACAACAAUACCAAAAAUAUAUACAUAUACAAGUAGUCGAAUACUCGCGCAGCAGUCAGUAUCAACAACAACAACAACAACAACUGCAACAAAAGAGAGUAUGUAAACGCGAAGAGCGUGCUGAUUCAGCACAGAACCAACCAACAAUAUCACAUGGAGUACACACAUGGAGUACACCGGAAGUUUUGACCACUGACAUUUACAAACAACAAAAACAACACGCGCACACAAACUCAUUGAAUUAUAUAUGUGUAUACAUACACACACACAUACACAACUGGCUGAGAAUGCAGCUUGCAACCGCGCGCUGCCGGCGGUUAGCACUGCUUCGAAGCGCAAAAUUUUGAUGACUUUUAUCAUAUCCAAAAAUUUUCAGAACUUAUCUAAAUGUAUACACUGAAUGUUUUGACCAGGUACAUGUUGUUACUUAUUAUAUAUUCAUAGUCAAGGUAAAGCUAUCAUUCGUAUUAUAUGAUACACACAUACAUGCAUAAAUAUAUAUAAAUGUAUUUGAUUAAAGCGAAUAAAAGAAGAAACUAGAAAAAAAACACGAAACUAAGAAACUGUAAUUUCAAUAAACGCCUAAAAUUAACGAGAAGACGAAGUUAAGCAAAAGAAAAAAUACAAAAAUGAAAAUAAAAACAAAUAAAAGAAAUUAUGAGAAAA